AUGAAUAAGUCCUUAUCCAAAUCUCCCUCCUCCCAGGUGCAGCUUCACCAGAAGAUCUUCCAUAACUACAACCUGAAGCUCCAGCCAGCCAAACACUGGGAGGAGAAAGUCUAGGUCAGAGUGAGGUUAGCCCUCUCCCAGCUUGUCAGCCUGAAUGACAAGAAUGAGGCGAUGACAACCAACAUGCUCAUGAAUAUGGUGUGGACAGACUACAGGCUAUCAUGGAAUCCAGAAGAUUAGAAUACUAUAGAAGUCCUCACGAUUCCUCCCGACAAGGUGUGGCAGACUCCUGUCCCGCUCCGAAAUAGAAUAGCAUAGAACACGACCAAGAGUUCAGAUGUCGUGGUGUGUGUCAACAUGCUGGUCUACAGCGACGAGACCGUGAACUGGCUGCCUCCUGCUAUCUACCGCAGCAGCUGCCUAAUAAAACAGGACAUCAUAGUGGCGUACUUCCCAUUUGACUGGCAGAGCUGCAUUGUGGUGUUUUGCUCCUAUACCUAUAACUCAUCAGAGAUGGGUCUCCAAUAUGCCCUGGAUGAGAAUGAAGAGGAGAUCGCCUUAAUUGCACCACAAUGCCCUUUUUUACGCCCCUGUUCCCUGUCACCUCCUCCUUCCUCUCUAACUCCACACUCUCCCCUCAUCAUCGUGCCCUACAUCCUCAACAUGGUCCUGGGCAUCUUUGUCUUCUAUCUACCACCUGACGCAUCUGUGGAGAUGACUCUGACCAUCACUCUCCUCAUCUGUGUCACGCUUCUCCUCUUCGAACUAAGGUCAGGACGUGACACCCUGGCUAUCACUCUUGUAGUUAACUAUGUCAUGUUCACCAUGAUCGUGGUCACCUUCUCAGUCAUCCUCAGUGUGGUGGUCCUCAACCUGCACCCCUGGUCCCCCUCCACACACAAGGUGAGCUGUAGCCUACAUGUCGGCGCUAUAGAGUCUACAUGA